AUGAUGUCUCCGACGACAAUGAGAAGGAGCAUCUUCCUGUUAUCGUUGCUAUCAUGUCAAUGUUUCAUCGUGGAUUGUAUAACGUUACUAGGGGGUAGAUUCGAAACGACAACAGAUGUCCAAACCUUUUUGAAUCUGGCAUUGGAUGCCGCGGAAAUGAAGGAAUCGGAUGAUUUCGACACCAAGAAGGCAAUUUACACAGCCGGGGUCGAGCGGGAAAAUGAAGCGAGUGUUGACGUCUCGUUGGCUGCACUGAGUUUGAGGGCAAUGGGGGAUAUGCUUGAGAAUCCAUACUUUCACAUGUUUCGUCAUGCCUUUUUGGUUCUUGGAAAUGCCGAAGAGGGAGAAACGGAAGGCCGAUUCGACGGUGCUACCAUCGAACAAUAUGGGGAUACACUUGUCAAUGACUUGUUUGAAUUGGAUGUAGAGGGAAUUGAAACGGAAGCUGCCGUGGUACUGAACGUGUGGAUGGCAGUCAUCAAUGAGCUGUUCCAAGUAAAGGGCCAAUGUAAGGCGAACAAUAUGAACAUGGGACUAGCAGCACUCGAUAAGGCAGCCGCGAUGUGGAUUGGAGAAGGACAGGAUUCUGGCGUCAACGAUAGUGGGCAUUUGCUCUACAAUUUGGCGGAGAAUGCUGGAGAACGAUUCGACCAAGACAAUGGUGAAGCUGUGGUCAACUCCAAGAUUGUGGAUCUUUUUGUCGAAAUUCAAAAGGAUCUACGAGCUGGAAAGUGUGGCGAAUUGACUGGAUACCUUAACGUUCGUGGUCAAAUUCGGAGAAUGGUCUCAUUGAUGACAAUUCCACUGGUUCAAAACUUGAUCCACUACACCUUAAAUGUCAGUAUUGAACACGGAGCCGAUUGGGUUGAGCUGUAUGCCUUGGCUACUAUUCCUCGCAUUGCCGUUUGCAGCCCUGAAGACUACGACCAAACUCUUCACCUGGAUGUCCUUCGAGAAAUGACCCCAGAUUAUGCCAACCAAGCACUUGCUGCUCUGGAACGUUCCUAUAGCUGUUUUGGAAUCACCUGUGCAGACGUUGGUUCCUAUAGAGGUGGCGAGCGUCCGCAAUGUGACGAUGUAUCGGGUGUCAAUCUUGUUGGCUACACUUCCAGUCGUGAAGAUAUCCGAGAAAAGAGUUAUCUCGACCGGGAUAUCAAGACUAUUGAUGUUCUAAUGAAGUUCAAGGCCUACGGAUUAGCUCUUGAUUGGUACGAAUAUGGCUGGAACUCUGUCUACAACCUUCAAGGACUGGCAAAGAACGAAGUGAUUCCAACUAGCAGCAAGGCUGGGAAAAAUAUGUUUCAAACCUUUGCCGACUAUUAUGGUGGAGCCGAUUUUGCCGACAGGUACAUUAUGAAAUUGAUAGAGCAGCAAGCACCCUACAAUGCGGCAUCAGACGAACAAAUUCGAUGGCUAUUGACCAACUAUCUCAGCAAUGUUGUCAUGUAUUUCUCGGCAGGUGCAGCUUUCCAGUAUGCAGUUGAUCAGUGCGAAACGGAUAAGGAGACAGCACUUGAUUAUUGGGAUACUGGUGCCAUGUUCUACAUUGGAUCAAUGGAAGGAGAGCUACCUGAAGGAAAUACGGCUGGGGGGCUCUUGCUCUUCUCGACUGCCAAAGACUUGUGCGAAGAGUUUGGUACCUGUAUUGAUGAUUCCGAAGUUGGCGGUUCCGAUAUUCCAAAAGCGAUGUCGAAUGAACUAAUUGUCGCCGGUUUGAAUCAAGGGCUCGAAAGAAUUGAAGGGCAGCAAUGCAAUUUCUUGGGUGAUAUUCUUACUCAAGAUAUCUUUGCCGCCAUGCCGAUUCCCAUCAUUCAAGGUACCGUGAAAUAUGCAUCCUUCGUUUCAAGACUUCCUGCUGGUUCCGAUGCACCAAGCUUGGCAAUUGCCGAUGCCUUCUCGAAAGGUAUCCUUCCCCUGGUUGAUGUAGCAGAUGCUACUAGUGCUGGAAAGAUCCAAGCUGCUAUGGAAUUCUCAUUAACAGACAAGCCUGGAGAUUAUUCUACUGUCGUUGAUGCUUUGAGGUCGGCCAUUCCAAAAAUGAAUAUUGACUGCAACCAGGUUGGUGAUUUCAUUGACGAGUCUGGAGAUGCCAGUCUGUGUCUGGGAGGAGGAGGUGGCAAUUCUAACUUUCCUGGUGAAGGUUCGACUCCAGUGACCGCGCCAACCAGAGCUCCGCUGCCUGUCGAACCAGGUUCUGCCGGUGCUAUUGCGUGGGGCAGGUACUCUUUCUCGGUUCCAGCAGUUGCUCUUGGAGAUGCAAAAUUUGCCUUGGAUGUUCGUGCCAUGUACGAAGCUGCUGACAUUGUAGCUGCGACAAGCGUUUACACUAAUGGAUUGAAUGCUUUGACCAAAAACUUGAAUGGAACAAAUGGUUUGGUUAGCUUGAAGUCUUUGAGUGUCGACAGCUCCGCCGUGAUGAGUGAGGAUCCUCUGUUUAAUGUAUUCAAAUGGGCACUCUACGACGAUAAAGACGUUGGGCAAAACUCACAACAGAACUUUCAAUAUGCCGACGACGUCAUCCAAGAGGCUCUGACCAAUGGGAAUGACAUGAGAUUGGCAGCCGAAGGAUCUGUCAUUUUCAAUGUAUGGAUGUUGAUGGCACAUCGACUCUACGAAGCAGUGCGCAUUUGCAAACAGCAGCAGUCUCCUUUUGAGGAGCUUGACUCAGUUGUCGCUCUCUGGAUUGGAGAAGGCCAGGCGGAAGCAGAAUUCGACAACGGUUGGAUGCUAUACUCGAUUGGUCAAUCAGCAGCGGAGUAUUAUGGCUUUAGUGAAGGUGAGGCACCAAUUAACACCCAGUUGAUGAAUAUGCUGAAUAAGGCCCAAGAUCUUGCGCAAGCUUGCCCCUCAGGAGCUGAUGCUGCAACCGACUUUCGGGCACAUGCUCUUCACAUCCUACGGCGCCUUGCAGUUCCACUUGUUAAUUCGUUGCUGUUCCAUAUGGUGGCGAACAGCAAGAAUAUGGUUGAAUUGUAUGCAGUUUCGGUGGUUCCGCAAGUUUACAACUGUGAUGGUGACGCGGCUGUCAACCUUGAAAGUGUAUUGUAUCAAGGGUACACGUAUGCCAAAGUUGAUGACGACGUCAUUGGUGAUCUGGCCACAUUUCUUCGAUGCAAGCGAAUCACUUGCCAAGACAUUCGGGUCAGCGAAACUGCGGAUAGUGAUAAAUUGAAAGAACUUGUUGGAAAAUUAUGCGAAAAACUUGAUUACUGGGACAAUCAAGGAAUGGAGCUCCCAAUGGCUGGGUACAUUCCAAGCAAGGAUGUUUCUGAAAUUUCACGGCUGGAUUUGGACAUUCUUGAGAUUGAGAUGCUUGCGGAGCUUGGAGCUUUCAAAGCUGCCCAAGACAUUUAUGAAAACGGGCACCAUUCGUUUGCGAAGGCUGACGGAUCACUUCGAGACCUGCAGUCCAUUGCUCGAAUGUCAUCGCUUGAUGAGAUGGCAAAAUUUCAUCUCUACAGUGAAUACUACGGUAGUCUCGAUUUUGCUGAUAAGCUCGUUCUCGAUGCACUAAACCAGAGUGGUGACUACGUGGGAGCAUCGUGGCAGGAGCGCUCUGAAAUUGUUUCAAGAGCACUGCAAACCAUGGUUUCAUACAUGGCAGUUCAGGCACGCAUGCAAGAGGCGGUAGACGAUUGCAAAGAUGGCAAAGCUGGAUUGGCAGAGCUCAAAUGGAACGAAGCUGCCGCGCUGUGGAUUGGAUCUGCAGAAGGGCUCAUUGCAGCAGCAAAAUUUGAUGUCGGAAGAUUCAUGUACUCGCUCGCAAAUGAUGUAUGUGGUGACUUUCAGGCUUGCGCUGAGAACGCUGAAUCUCUGGUAAAUCAAAACCUCCUUUCCAGUUUCGCAUCUGGCCGAGACUCUCUGAGCGGUUCCGAAUGUACGCACAUUGAGCGAACCAUGACAGAAGAAAUUAUACCAAGAAUGGCCAUUCCACUCAUUCAAGCUCUCAUCGUUAACGCGAUAGAGUAUGAGAAUCCAGUUGCUGAUAACAAGUAUUCGCACGCAACAGUCCACGUGCUGGCGAAAGCGUUGAUUCCCUUGGUGAAAGAAGUUAGCACUGGCAGUGCAUUAACUCUGGCCAAUAACUAUGGCAGUUUCCAGCAAAUUACCCUCGGCCAGUCUGCUCAACCUGUGGUGGAUGCACUUGCUUCUGUCAUCCGUCCCUUGGGUCUUAGCUGUACUGAAAUUGGAACGUUGAAUGGAGAUCCAAAUUGGGCAAAAUGUGGUCCAAAUGGAGGCAUCGACGCAGAUGGUGACGGAGAUGCUGGUGGUGACGGAGAAAAAGAUAACGAUGCGAUACCUGUGCCAGAGACACCGACAAGUCUUGGCGACGAUCUGUACGUCACAAGUACGUUUGUGAAGGACAAAGCAAAGAUUGGACUCGAUAUUCGCGAUAUGGAGAAACAAUUGACAGCGGGGAAUACCAACACAGCGAAGAGCAUCUAUGAGAAUGGAGAAAACUCAGAAGUGUUCGACACAGAUGGAAAGUAUGUCGCCCUGAGGUCCUUGAGAAGUUUUUCGCUUGAAUCAUCCAAGGAUAUGGUCGAUGAGCCAAUAUUCAACAUGUACCUGUACACCCUCAGUGACAAUGAUGGCAAUUUCAAGCAAAUUGAUGCAAGAGAAUACGCAAAUUCGUAUGUAGAGCAUGCAUUCCAGAAUAUUGUGGCUUCUGACAAGACUUUGCCUGCUGAAGCUGCUGUUGCCUUGAAUGUUUGGAUGGAAAUUGUUCACCAGCUCUAUCGCACUCUUUCACUGUGUGAGCAGAAGGAACUCCGAGACGAGGAAGGAAUUCAAUCGAUGGACAUUGCUGCAGCUUAUUGGAUUGGUGAGGGCUUGGACUCCGAAGAAGACACGAAAGGCCACUUGCUAUACGCACUAGCAGAAGAUAUGGGCUCUCGCUUCAAUAUAUUGGAAGGUGGCCAAUCAAGAACCAAUAGGAAUGUGCUAAGGCUAUUCAACGAAGCAAAAACAACGCUAGCACUUCCCAAUGCAUGUUCGGAGAAUCCAACUACGUACCUCAACAUUCGGCAUACCGUGAACAAGAUUCGAUCAGUGAUCUCGAUCCCAUUGGUCCAAAGUCUCAUCCAUUACUUGCGAGCAAAUGAUGUCGAAAGAGUCAAAUUGUACGCACAUGCAGUUGUUCCUCUUGUUGCAGGCUGUAACCAAGCUACUUUUGAAUAUCUCAGAGAUCGCCUGUUAACUGGUAAUUACAAUGCUAUUGAGAUCGAGAAGAUUGUUGACAAAAUCCGAAGCGUUUACUCUUGUCUAGGGUUGAAAUGCGAUGAUAUUGGUGUUCAUGCAAGUGAAGUGAACGAUGAGGCGCCCUCUUGUAUUGAUGAAGGCGUCCGAGGCAAUCUUGCGGGCUAUACACCGGCGAAUGAUGUCAGCGACCACUCGAGAAUUGACCUCGACCUUCGUGAGAUUGAUAUCCUUAUGCAGAUGAAUGCGUACAAGGCAGCGGAAGAAACAUACAUGUACGGCAGGAACGUGGAAAAUCCGAAUGGGGGAAUACUCAGCUUGUCCAAUAUUGCGACAACAUCUGGAAGAUCUAUUGUGCCGCAAUAUGAUGCUUUUACUCGAUUUUAUGACGACAAAUCAUACGUGGACAAGAUCAUUCGAGCUGCUUUGCGAGGAGAUGGCAUUUGGAGUGGCGAACAACGACGUGUUCUAGUCCUGAAGGCAGCACAGACCAUUGUCAUGUACUUUGGAGCACUUCAAGCAGCUUACGAAGCGGUAUCAGAUUGCUCUACAGUUGUCCAAUCGAGAUCGAGCACCACAAAGUCUGAUGCUUGGGAUAGAGCUGCGGCCUAUUUAGUUGGCAGCUUGGAGGGCAGCGAUGCAAAUGGUACACCGGAAGGAUAUUUGUUCCACAGCUUAGCUCAAGAGCAUUGCGAGGCUUUUAAUACUUGCGUUUCUUCGACUGGUUCUGUCGACGUCAAUGACCAGCUUAUUGACCUCCUCUACGCUGGUCGUGGGGCCGUGCUGAGUGACAGCUGCUCCGGUUUGCAAAAGAUUGCUGGUGAACUUGCCUCCCUUAUUUUAAUUCCAUCUAUUCAAGGGGCAUUGAUUACAGCAAUCCGACUGACAGAAGAAAACGACGCCGCAACUGCGCCCUUGAGACGAGCCGAAGGAUACGUGUACUCCCGCGCGUUGCUUCCCCUUGUCGACGACGUUAAUCGCGAUGCCGCAGGCGUCAUUGAAAAGAAUCUCGGCGAUAGAAAGCCAGCAAAGGGAACGCAAAUUGCAUCAGAAGUCUUCUCCUCAUUCUCCAGUGUAUACCCCGGACUUGGAGUCGAUUGCGAGUUGCUUGGGCGAACUGAUGCUUUCAACCCUUGUUCUGGAGUAGCGAAAGACACAAACUCGGGCUCUACUGGAUCGAUAUUGCUUUGGAGCGGGGUUGGAGCUGGCUGCUUGCUGCUCUUAGGCGCGUUGAUCUUCUUCUGCCUGAGGAAGCAAGAAAAGGAAACUUUACCCGAGAACAAUCCAAAGUUUAUUGUGUCCACUGGAGAAUUCAACAACCAUUCUAUGAACCUUUUGGAGAAAGCUUUCUCAAACAACAAGACUGCGCCAAGUAGUCCGGAAGAGACAAAUAGGCUGACUGGAACUACCGAUCCAUCUAUCGACAUCAUUUCCGAUGAUGAUGAUUUUGACGAGGCACAAGCACUCAGAUCAAGAAUAGAUUCCACACCUGACAUCAUCUAA